GCGCGCCUGGGACAUGGAGGCCGUGUGGCGCGCGCUGCCCGACGACGACCGCGCGCGCGCCGAGCGCCUCGAGCCGCUCGACGAGCGCGAGCUGCUGCAGCAGCUGCACCGCCACUACGCGCUCACGCUGGCCACGCGCGGCGCGCUGCUCGCCGACAUGGACCUGCUGUGCUAGCGCGCGCCUGGGACAUGGAGGCCGUGUGGCGCGCGCUGCCCGACGACGACCGCGCGCGCGCCGAGCGCCUCGAGCCGCUCGACGAGCGCGAGCUGCUGCAGCAGCUGCACCGCCACUACGCGCUCACGCUGGCCACGCGCGGCGCGCUGCUCGCCGACAUGGACCUGCUGUGCUAGCGCGCGCCUGGGACAUGGAGGCCGUGUGGCGCGCGCUGCCCGACGACGACCGCGCGCGCGCCGAGCGCCUCGAGCCGCUCGACGAGCGCGAGCUGCUGCAGCAGCUGCACCGCCACUACGCGCUCACGCUGGCCACGCGCGGCGCGCUGCUCGCCGACAUGGACCUGCUGUGCUAGCGCGCGCCUGGGACAUGGAGGCCGUGUGGCGCGCGCUGCCCGACGACGACCGCGCGCGCGCCGAGCGCCUCGAGCCGCUCGACGAGCGCGAGCUGCUGCAGCAGCUGCACCGCCACUACGCGCUCACGCUGGCCACGCGCGGCGCGCUGCUCGCCGACAUGGACCUGCUGUGCUAGCGCGCGCCUGGGACAUGGAGGCCGUGUGGCGCGCGCUGCCCGACGACGACCGCGCGCGCGCCGAGCGCCUCGAGCCGCUCGACGAGCGCGAGCUGCUGCAGCAGCUGCACCGCCACUACGCGCUCACGCUGGCCACGCGCGGCGCGCUGCUCGCCGACAUGGACCUGCUGUGCUAGCGCGCGCCGUGCUGGCUCUGAACGAAACAUCUUUAAAAGUCUGCGACAGAUGUAACAUAUUUCACUACGAGUCAGCCCUCGACUGCGAUCUCCCCCGGUGGUGAGUGCUGAUGUAGUCUAAGAUCGUAGCGGGCUAACCUACCGGGAAGUAUCGUAUUUGAUAUAUUCUUUUGUAAGUACUGGAGGUUCGCAGCCGUAAGCGGGACACGAAUGAGACACGUUUCCCGAUUUCGGGUGCAAACCUCCCGCACUCACUCCUCACCUUACCGUUGUAAACGUGAGCCGCAAUGAGCACAUCUACCCGAUCUUAUGUAGGUACCCAGUAAAUAUGUAUCUUCAAAUUUAUGAAAAUUUAAAUUGCUUAAUGUAAUUAUCUAAACUAAAGUUGAAACUAUGUAAAAUGUAUAGCUGUUUGUUUUCCAAAUAAAUAAAAUAAAAUCAAAAAUC